UCUAUUUUUCAUGUCCAGCCCCUAAUGAGUGUCCAUUGGUGUUGUUAUUCUCCUUCCCUCCUCCCACUCCACGCUUCGCCCUGCCCAUGUUUUGUAUGUCCGUGUCCAUCCAUCUCCUGACGUUCAAGUUCGCAGGGACGUCACGUCCGCACUUGAACUUGCUGCUCAGGGGGGCUUUUGCCAUUUUUUCAUCUCUCUUUUCAAAAAAGCCAUGUCGGCUGUCCCACAAUCCAUCUUCUCCGCGCCAUCUUUGCAUUAUCCCUAAUUUAUUUCGGAUGUCAAAGGCGUUGAUGAAGAUAUUUCCUCUGGAGUCUCCCCGUAACCCGGCUCUCCCGAUGUGACCGAGCUGAACAGCACCGCCGACCACCAUGUCUCGCCGCAAGCAGGGCAAACCCCAGCACUUGAGCAAACGGGACUUCACGCCGGAGCCCCUCAAUGCCAUUGUCCAAGAGGAGCAGCAGGAGCACCGAGUUCUGGUCGCUCCGGAAGGGGACCAGGACCUCCUCACCUGUGGCCAGUGUCAGAUGAACUUCCCUCUGGGAGAUAUCCUCUUUUUUAUCGAGCACAAAAGGAAGCAAUGCAACGGCGCUUUGUGCGCGGACAAGGCUGUGGAUGGGCCGCCCUCGCCCCGCUCUCGGGCCGAGCCACGCCGGGCCUCCAACCCCGUGGAGGUGGGCAUCCAGGUCUCUCCGGAGGAUGACGAUUGCUUGUCCACGUCCUCCCGGGGAGUUUGCCCUAAACAGGAAAACAUCACAGGUAAAGAUGAGCCCAGCGUCUACACUUGCACAACCUGCAAACAGCCGUUCAGCAGCGCCUGGUUCCUGCUGCAGCAUGCCCAGAACACGCACGGUUUCCGCAUCUACCUGGAAAGUGAGCACGGCAGCCCCCUCGCACCCCACGUGGCCGUUGCCCCGGGGAUGGGCGCCGACUGCGCUCCUCAGCCACCGCUGCAUGGCCUGCAUUUGGCAGAUGGCGGUCCCUUCGGCCUGAUGCGGCUGCCAGGCUCCAUGCCAGGCAGGGAGGCUCCGCCCAUGAGGGAGGGUCGCUACCCGCUGACACCUCCGCUCUUCAGCCCUCCGCCACGCCACCACCUGGACCCGCAGCGCAUGGAGCACCUGAGCCCGGAGGAGCUGGCGCUGGCCGCCGCCCACCACCCGAGUGCCUUUGACAGGGUGCUGCGCCUCAACCCCUUGCCCCUGGACCCGCCGCCCACCAUGGACUUUUCACGGCGGCUGCGGGAGCUGGCCGGCAACCCCUCAGGGUCCUCGCCGCCCCUGUCGCCCAAGCGGCCGAGUCCUAUGCAGCGGCUGCUUCAGCCGUUCCAGCCGGGUUCUAAGCCGCCCUUCGUGGCCACUCCGCCCUUGCCCGCAACGCAGUCACCCUCUGGCUCCCAGUCGACCCCCAACCACCAGCAGCAGACCACACCUCUGAAGACCAAGUCCUGCGAAUUCUGCGGGAAGACCUUCAAGUUCCAGAGCAACCUGAUCGUGCACCGGCGCAGCCACACGGGGGAAAAGCCGUACAAGUGCCACCUCUGUGACCAUGCCUGCACCCAGGCCAGUAAACUGAAGCGCCACAUGAAGACACACCUGCACAAAUCCUCACCUAUGACCGUCAAGUCGGAUGAUGGGCUGUCGGCCACUAGCUCUCCAGAGCCCGGCACCAGUGACUUGGUGGGCAGUGCCACCAAUGCCCUCAAGUCAGUGGUGGCCAAGUUCAAGAGUGAGAACAAUUGCAUGAUCCCCGAGAACGGUGAGAAUGAGGAUGAGGAGGAAGAUGAGGAGGAAGAGGAAGAGGAGGAGGAGGAAGAGGAGGAAGAGGAAGAGGGGGAGGAGGAGGAGCUGGAGAGUGAGGGUGGCAGGAGCGACUAUCGCUUUGGUCUGAGCCUUGAAGCAGCGCGGCACCACGAGAACAAUGGCGGGCGGCUGGGCACCAGUGAGGACGAUGGGCGGCGUUCUCUCCCAGAGGGCAUGCAGGAUGGCGUCCUGGCAGCCAGCAUGCAACACUACGCUGAGGCCUUCCGUCAGCGCAGAUGUGGCUCUCUUGGCACGGACGGUGAGGCGCCCCGCGGUCUCUGUGACGAUGACUCGGAUCGUGUGGACGAGGGCUGCGGCGGGGCCGUCAAUGGCCGGGGUUCGUCACCCAGCGAGUCGGCUUCGGUGGGCCUGUCCAAGAAACUGCUGCUGAACAGCCCCAGCUCGCUCAGUCCCUUCUCCAAGCGCAUCAAGAUUGAAAAAGAGUUUGACCUGCCGACACCCACCAUUCCCAACACCGACAACGUCUACUCCCAGUGGCUGGCUGGCUACGCUGCCUCCCGGCAGCUCAAGGACCCCUUCCUAAAUUUCGGGGACUCUAGACAAUCGCCUUUCGCUUCGUCCUCUGAACACUCGUCCGAGAACGGUAGCCUGCGUUUCUCGACACCCCCUGGCGAGCUGGACGGCGGUGUGUCGGGCCGCAGCGGCACAGGCAGCGGUGGAAGCACGCCGCACCUCGGCGGCCGACCCAGUUCCAAGGAUGGCCGUCGUAGCGACACCUGCGAGUUUUGUGGGAAGAUCUUCAAGAACUGCAGCAACUUGACGGUGCACCGGCGCAGCCACACUGGCGAGCGGCCGUACAAGUGCGAGCUGUGCAACUAUGCGUGUGCCCAGAGCAGCAAGCUCACUCGCCACAUGAAGACGCACGGCCAGAUGGGGAAGGACGUUUACAAAUGCGAAAUCUGUCAGAUGCCUUUUAGCGUGUAUAGCACCCUGGAGAAACACAUGAAAAAGUGGCACAGUGACCGCGUCUUGAACAAUGACAUUAAAACUGAAUAGAGGAGCAUCACAGACUCAUCCUCCCGUCCUUCGGUUUUGUGUACAAUUCCCCGUUUCACCAGUCCGGUGGAGGCUAAGGCGACGUGCUCGGCACCAGCACACCUUGUUUCAUAUUUACGUUGAAUGCAUGAUCUGUAUUGGGGCAAUACUAUUGCAUCGACGCAACACUUUGAGCCUUUCUCUUGUGCAAUAAUUUACCUGUUGUGUACUUUUUUUUAUAUUUAGACAGCAUGUUCGGUAUGUUUUGGCUACUUUUAAGAAGUUGUCCUUGAUUGGUUAGUUGUUGAGUAAAUGUGUUGCUGUUUCUUGUUAUUUUUUCAUUUUAUAAAAAGAAAGAUAAGACCAUGCUGCAUACUUUUUGUAAUACAUAUCAUGUACAGGUCUCUGUUAUAACAUGGAGGAAAAAACAGUCUAUCGCGUGACCCCUGGACAAGACUCGGAAUCGCACUUACAACAAAUCUUUCUAAAAGAUUUCCCUCCAUAUCAGGUUUCAAAUAUCAAUUGGAUCCUUGUGUAGAAAUUUUUUAAGCAGUUGCAGCCAUAAAAUUAAUAGAAAAAUGGGUUAAAAGAAUUCAUCUAUUUGAAUUUGUACUAUCAUUUGGUUAAAAAAAGAGUGCCUUGGAUGUCUUGAAGCCCUAUUUGUUAGUCCUCCUAUUUGCUAUAAGCUUGGAUUUUCAGCUAGAUACUGGAAAGGGGUCUACCAGACCCUAAAUAAGGUUCUUGCAUCAAGUACCUGACUGAUACAGUCAACUCUGGCUUAAGAGAAAAAAAUAACGAUGAGCAGAAAUUUCUAGUUGUCCUUUAGCUACCUAUUACGUGUAUAUUCUUUGAAUUAUGACUCUGUUUACUGGCAUGGUACAUACUGUAUUGAGUGGGGUUUUUGUUUUUUCUUUUUUUCUAGUACCGUAUGCAGUGGUACAGUAAAUUCCUGCUAACUGUAAAUUCACGACCUUAAGCAUUUCUAAUGUUUAUUUAAUUUUCUCAAUGAAAGCUGUCCGUAGCACAAAACUGAUGUUGCUUGGAUUUUCAGUGUGCAGACCAGGCAGUAUUAAUGACCAAUGCACCUGAAGGCCCAAGGGCAUUUUCAUCCUGACAAGCUAAGGCAGUGGGGGGUCGUCGGGGAACAUGAGAGUUUCUGGGAAUGCAGGAGAGGUGGGAGAGAGAAACUCCAUGUCUCUCAGAUUUCCUUCGAAAGAUGCACAUUUCCUCCACACUUUACUUCCUUAGAACAGAAUUUCAUUCUCGAGAAGUGCAGUAUGUCUGCCCAUGGUCCCCAAAACAAAGAUAAGAAAAGUGUACUCUUUUUCUGUUUUAUUUUCAUUUUUCAUACACUGUGUGCUAUCUGUGUUGACAUGAGAGACUUCAGUCUUCUGACGCAUCAGCCCCAGUUUCUGUUGCAAACAUUACUUGUCACUCCACCCCACAGCCUGUAUCUGUUGCUUGAACCGGUCGUACAGUGGUCGAGUAUAAAAAAAGGCGGCUCUUUUGCGGGAAAAGUAAGGUGCACUGUUCUCAUUUUCCCAGUUUACAGGUAUAUGCUCAAGGGAAAACUCAGUUUAGAUGGACGGUUCCAUACGAGGAGAUUUACUUAUCAAAAAAGAGUCACGUGUGUCGGUCUGUUGGCAGCCAUUCUCCUGCUGGGCUGGGCCACAGGUGUCAGAAUAGUGGUUGGGCGUGUCCCCUGCUAGAGAAUGAAUAAUCCAGCCUUGCUGCUCCCUUAGCAAGGAUUUUUGUACAAUUUUUUUAAAAGAAAUAAAUGAAUAUUACAAUGACU